UAGGCAGGAGACCUUUUCUCAGUUGGCUAGAUUCUGUCAUUGGGCUAGUGGUUCUUACAUUAAUACAUGUCAAUGAACAGAUAUUUACAGUACUUGGACCACAUAAUGAAAACACAGAGGUUAAACAUUAACUCAGAGAAACUGAAACCUGUAAGUGGAGCUUCAGCCAUCUAGCUGCAUUGGACAUAACUGCGACUGGACAUUUUGCAAGUGGUGCUCAGCCGUGAAUCCAAGAUUACUUUGGAGAUUUUUUAUGGAGAACUCCAAAAAUUGGGGAGAAAAAAUGGCUGUGCAUCUACAACCACCAUUUAUUAACCCAACUGUCCCGUUCAGCACUCCGAUCCAGGGAGGAUUUCAGGAUGGAAUGAUUAUUACUGUAUGUGGACGGGUUUUGCCAGAUGCAGACAGAUUCAAUGUGAACCUCGAGCAUGGGUCUGAUGUCGUUCUGCAGGUUAACCCACGCUAUUCAUGGCUCUUGCCCAUCUCUGGAUAUGUAGUUCACAACACCCGCCAGAAUGGGAAAUGGGGCUGGGAGGAACGCAAGGUAGAAACUCCCUUCCCAAGAGGCCAGAUGUUUUCCCUGCAGAUCCUCAUCACCCAGGAGUCUUACAAGAUAAGUACUAAUGGGGAACUCUUCUCGGAGUACAAGCACCGUAUGCCAUUUUCAAAAGUGGAUCGGAUCUGUGUGGUUGGAAUGGUGGAACUGAAUGUAGUUGCUUUCCACUAUCGUGUGUCCCACCUUCCUGCUCUUCCAGGAUCUUUGAUGGUCCCAUACAAAAGCAUCAUAUAUGGUGGAGUGCAGCCUGGAAAAUGCAUUGUCAUCCAGGGAGUCAUCAAUCCCCAAGCAAAAAGAGUAGGGUUUAGUCUACGACACAGAACUGGAAUUGCGUUUGACUACAGUCCUCGUUUUGAUGAGAAUGUGGUUGUUUGCAACUGUUAUGAGAAUGGGAAGUGGGGCGAGGAGGAACGGUCUGGACAGAUGCCUUUUGAGAGAGGGCAAACUUUUCUGGUCACCAUUUGUUGCAGUCCUGAUAAUUACGAGGUGUUUGUCAGUGGUAAAAAAACUCACACUUUCAGCCGUCGCUACAAUAACAUGGAAGAGAUUGAUGUUUUGGAAGUUAGUGGAGAUGUGCAGCUGACCUUUGUGCAGCCCUGACAAAGACUUCAUCCAGGUUCAAGAGAAACA